GCAUUAAAAGAUGCUAAUAAUCACCGGAAACAGAGUUGAGAUGAGAAAAAAAAGCUGAAUCACAUUCUGAGCUGCAGAAGCUAACACUGCUCUACACGACAAAACCUUGUGACAAUAUGCUCAAAACCUCACCUGCUUCUUCCCUCCCUUAGAUAAAGCGACAACUCCUCACCAACCCCUUGUUUCACUCCCUAAAACGACUCCGUUUUUGUCAUGUCGCUCUCUCCUUCCGCCUCGCCGGCUCCGGCGGAUUCUCCUCCUGCCACGUCAUCACCUCCAGCUCCUCCUUUGUCUCCUCUUCCCUCGCCAUUGGCUUCUCCUCCUCCGUUGGCUCCACCACCGUCUAUCUUACCUCCCACAGCUUCCCCGCCACCACCGUCUCCUCCGUUAGAAGCUCCACCGUCUCCUCCGUUGGAAACUCCACCGGUUCCUGCGGAGGAACCACCACCGUCUCCUCCAGAGGAACCCCCACCUUCUCCUCCGUCUCCUUCCGGUUCACCGCCAUUGCCAUUCCUUCCCGCCAAACCGUCUCCGCCGCCUUCUCCACUUCCUUCUGAAACACUACCGCCGCCGGUAAAAACGUUUACACCACCACCUCCUUCACUACCAUCAGAAUCACCCCCGCCGGUGGAUACAGCUUCUCCACCACCGCCGUCUCCUCCUCGCCGCCGUGGCCCUAAGCCUUCACUUCCUCCUCCUCCAAAGCCUUCUCCGAGCACUCCAUCUCUCCCAGAAACUUCCCCACCACCUAAACCACCACUCUCAGCAUCACCAUUCCCGUCUUCAUCCACUCCGGCGCCGAAGAACUCGCCGGCAGCAACAACUCUUCCUUUCUUCGGCCCAGUAGGCCCACCAGAUGGGACUAUAGCAACACCUAUUGGGCCCAUUAUAGAGCCCAAAACAACUCCCGCCGAAACAAUCUCCCCGGGAACAGCACAGCCACUUGUACCAAAGAGUCUCCCUGAGACGACGCCGUAUCACAGAUCCUCCGCAGGAUUCUUAUUCGGCGGUGUGAUCGUUGGAGCUCUUCUGCUUGUUCUCUUGGGCCUCCUCUAUGUCUUCUACAGAGCUACCAGAAACAACAGCUCUCGUCAUGGCCAAUCAAAAACUCCACCAAAAGUUCAACAUCAACGAGGUGGUAAUGUGGAACCAGACCAGACCAAUGUUAUCACUAUACCACCACCUAACUAUUCAUCCAGCGUAAGCUAUGGUACCAAGGAGAGCAAUGCUGUUGCAAUGAACGUUACAAUAUCAUCAGGAACGUUCACAUACGAAGAGCUACUAGAGGCAACGGGUGGAUUCUCAGAGGCCAACCUCUUGGGAGAAGGAGGGUUCGGCUACGUUCACAAAGGAGUGCUGAGAAACGGGAGAGAAGUUGCGGUGAAGCAGCUGAAGAUUGGGAGCAAUCAAGGUGAAAGAGAGUUCCAAGCUGAGGUUGACACUAUCAGUAGAGUUCAUCAUAAGCACCUCGUCUCGUUGGUUGGUUACUGCAUUAACGGAGAUAAAAGACUGUUGAUCUACGAGUUUGUUCCUAAAGAUACUUUGGAGUUCCACUUGCAUGGGAACAGUGGAAGUGUGUUGGAGUGGGGAAUGAGGCUGAGGAUUGCUGUAGGAGCAGCCAAAGGAUUAGCUUAUCUUCAUGAGGAUUGUGAGUCUUUUUUGUUUUUGUUUUCAAAUACUUGUAUUGAUUUGAUUUUUCUUGUGAUUGAACUUGCAGGCAGUCCAACUAUAAUUCACCGUGAUAUUAAAGCAGCUAAUAUCCUUCUAGAUUCCAAAUAUGAAGCAAAGGUCUCUGACUUUGGGCUAGCCAAGUUCUUUUCAGACACCAAUUCAUCAGUCACUCAUAUCUCUACUCGAGUGGUAGGAACUUUCGGAUACAUGGCUCCAGAAUAUGCGUCUAGUGGUAAAGUAACUGAUAAAUCAGAUGUAUACUCCUUUGGGGUCGUGCUUCUAGAACUCAUCACUGGACGUCCACCAAUCUUCGCCAAAGAUCCUACCAGAAACCUGAGUUUAGUUGACUGGGCGAGGCCAUUGCUUGCAAAAGCUAUCUCUGGAGAAAGUUUUGACCUUCUUGUAGACCCUAGACUGGAUAAGAACUACGAUACAACUCAAAUGGCAGACAUGGCUGCUUGUGCUGCUUCUUGCAUACGCCAAUCAGCUUGGCUACGACCCCGAAUGAGCCAGGUAAUCCGUGCUCUUGAAGGCGAGGUGGCCCUAAGAAACGUGGAAGAGACGUACAGCUCUUCUGAAAACCCUCUACCGUAUGGAACAAGUAAGAGGAGAUUCAACACUGAUUCAAGCAAUGGUUCCACUUCAGAGUAUGGAAUCAAUCCUUCUCAGUCAAGCAGUGAACAACAUCAGUUUACAGGUCCUUAAGGGUAAUAAGUUUCACCACAACUAUUGAGCCUAUUGGCAUGAGUAGCCUACUUCAUUCAUUUGUAGCUAUUUGAUUGACAUCGGUGAAGGGUUCCAAAGAACACUGCUUGUGUACUAGCUUUCACCGUGAACUGUCUAUAAAUAUGUUGGAAUCUUGAUUAUUUAUUUUUCUUGAACAACGUGUAAGUCCCACUCUUUGCAACACCUCAUCAUUCUUUUUUCAUCA